CGGCCGGAGCGGCGCCCGCCGGAAGGAGACGGCGGCGGCGGCGGCGCGGGCCUGGGAAUGUGGCGGCGGCCGUGAGCCCUCCCCCUCGGCCCGGCCGCCAUGGAGCCGCGGCGGUGACAGCCCCGCACCUCAGCGCGCCGCCGCCCCGCGGCCGCGGGGCCGCCGCCGCCGCCAUGGACGAACAAGAGGCCUUGAACUCCAUCAUGAAGGACCUGGUAGCACUCCAGAUGGGCCGACGUCACAGACUGACUGGAUUUGAUACCAUGAAGAAUAAAGACACCGCUCACUCCAACAAACAGAAAAAACAGAAUGCCAGCAGUCCACCUCUACUGACCAGCCCUGCGAUAACAAACCAGUGUGCCUCUGCAGUAGAUGAAAAAAAAAUUCCGAAUGAUGUAAGGAUAAAGUUUGAACAUAACGGGGAAAGACGAAUUAUUCCAUUUGUCCGUCCUGUGCGCUAUGAAGACGUGCAACAGAAAGUGAAAACAGCCUUUGGCCAGCCACUGGACCUCCACUACAUGAACAAUGAGUUAUCUAUUCCUUUGAAAAAUCAAGAUGACCUGGAUAAAGCAAUAGAUCUCUUGGACCGAAGCUCUAAUUUGAAAAGCCUCAGAAUAUUACUACUGUCUCAGGACAGAAACCAUACCAGUUCCUCACCCCAUUCUGGACAGCCCAAACAAGUCAGAAUUAAAACUUCCCAAUCGGUGGGGGAUGUGAACACACCCUAUCAGCAGCCAGAACCUAGAAGUAGGCAUCUGUCUGUCAGUUCCCAGAACACAGGCCGAAGUUCACCACCCCCUGGGUACGUUCCAGAGAGGCAACAGCGCAUUGCUCGUCAGGGUUCCUACACCAGCAUAAACAGCGAAGGCGAAUUCAUCCCAGAAACCAAUGAACAAUGUAUGCUGGACCCGUUAAGCAGUGCUGAAAACUCUGUGUCAGGAAGCUGUCAGUCCUUGGACAGGUCAGCAGACAGCCCUUCUUUUCGGAAGUCACGGAUGUCAAGGGCACAAAGCUUUCCUGAUAACAGACAGGAAUUCUCAGAUCGCGAGAAUCAGAUCUAUGACAAAGCGGGGAAAGGUGGGACCUACCCUCGGCGCUACAACGUCUCCAUGCAGCACAAAGACUACAAUGACGGCCGGAGGACGUUUCCCCGGAUACGGCGUCACCAAGGAAAUCUUUUCACCUUGGUGCCUUCAAGUCGUUCCUUAAGCACCAAUGGGGAAAACCUGGGCCUGGCGUUGCAGUACCUGGACCCCCGGGGGCGCUUGCGGAGCGCAGACAGCGAAAAUGCCCUUGCUGUGCAGGAGAGGAAUAUUCCCACUAAAUCUCCUAGUGCUCCGAUAAACUGGCGACGAGGAAAACUGCUGGGCCAGGGUGCCUUUGGUCGUGUGUACUUGUGCUAUGAUGUGGACACAGGCAGAGAGCUUGCAGCUAAGCAGGUCCAAUUUGACCCAGAGAGUCCUGAAACAAGCAAGGAAGUGAGUGCCUUGGAGUGUGAAAUUCAGCUGCUGAAGAAUCUCCAGCACGAACGUAUUGUUCAGUAUUAUGGCUGCCUACGGGAUCGAGCAGAAAAGACCUUGACCAUCUUCAUGGAGUACAUGCCAGGGGGGUCAGUGAAAGACCAGCUGAAGGCGUAUGGUGCUCUGACGGAAAAUGUAACCCGGAAAUAUACUCGACAGAUUCUCGAGGGAGUCUCGUACCUUCACAGCAACAUGAUUGUGCACAGGGACAUAAAGGGAGCCAAUAUUCUCCGUGACUCUGCGGGGAAUGUGAAGCUUGGGGACUUUGGGGCCAGCAAACGGCUGCAGACAAUCUGUAUGUCUGGAACAGGCAUUCGCUCUGUCACUGGCACACCAUAUUGGAUGAGCCCAGAGGUGAUCAGUGGAGAGGGCUAUGGAAGAAAAGCAGACGUAUGGAGCCUUGGCUGUACUGUUGUGGAAAUGCUGACAGAGAAGCCACCUUGGGCAGAGUAUGAAGCCAUGGCAGCCAUUUUCAAGAUUGCCACCCAGCCAACCAACCCCCAGCUUCCCUCUCACAUAUCAGAACAUUGCCGGGACUUUCUAAAGCAAAUCUUUGUGGAAGCCAGGCACAGACCCUCUGCUGAAGAGCUGCUCAGACAUCAGUUUGCACAGCUCCAGUACUGAAUUACCUCCCUUGCUAGCAGCUCCUGCUGGGCUUUCAGUGCCCCUGUCUGGUCUAGUUGCAACUGCCCAUUGUGGUGCUGCAUCUUCAAAAUGCCAACUCAGCUGUCCUAGUCCUUUGGGGGAAUGAUGCCAAGGAACCUAGGGUCUGCUCUUGUGCCUGAUACCUUUGUUUGCUGGACUAAUGGUUAUUCUACCGACAGCUGUCCAAACAGAGCUACGUUUUUGCCCUAGCUGUCUUGAUGUGAAAUUGCAGCUGGCUGCAUGCUUUCUGCAGGCCAAAGAAUGGGGAUCUAAAAGUGUCUCACUGGUUGAACAUAGAAGAAAUCUGGACCAAAGUGGGAACUGGAAAAGCUGCACUCUUCAGAGUAGAAAUGUGCAACAGCCAUCCAGACCAGCCCUCCACAAGUGGCUGCACAAUGUGGGUCACUGUUUUCCAGACUGCUAGGGCUUUCGAGGCAUCUAUAGUACAAGAAUCCAGCAAAAAGCCAUGUGUCAUUGAGCAUGCGCUCGCUAUAUAAUUAUAUAUUUUUCUUCUUAAGUAUUCAGCAUCUGAAGGUGUUCAGAAAAUAUUGAUUCAAAAGUAUGUGAAUAGUGUUAUUUUAUAGUGAAACCAUGGACUUGGGGAUAGGGGUGAGGGAGGUCUUUAUAGCUAAAUGUCAGGAUAAUCAGAAAAGUUUCAGCAGAAUGCAAUCACUCGAGGGCCUAAGAUAAGGGGUCUCCCACUGGCAUUAGAAAAUCCAGAGCCUGAUUUCCAAAGUUUGGUCUGUUCUAGCAUUAGGACAGUGCUGGUUAGUUUGUGUCCUCACAGUCAAACGGAUCUGUGUUCCUGCUUCAUAUCCCUAGGACUGCUGGUUCUAAACAAAACCCUUCUGGAGGAGAGUUCUGUGGGACAGCUUUCUGUUGCACCUGUCUUUUCAGCUGGUAAAUUUUUUACCAUCCCUUAAACCAAAGAUAAUUUAACUGGCACCGAAGAACUAAGUUCAGGAAAACUGUAUGUAUUUCCAGUAGUCCAAGUCCUAAAAAAAAAGAGCUAGGAAAAUGUUUUGGCUUUUUUUUUUUCCUUGAGGAGAAUUUGCUGGACACUAGUUUACUUAGGCACAGUUGGAUGGAAUCAAGCUCGACCCUUCAGAGUGUGUGUUUUGUUUUACAGAUGUGCAAGUGUUCACUUAAUGUUUCCAUAAAAUGUUACGGCCCUACUUAAAUAAGUUUUUGUACAAGUUAAGUCAAACAGUAAAACAAGGGUAGGGAGCUAGGGAGCAUUUGUAAUGUUAGUGUAUUUCUAAACUUAACUGACGGAGAAGAAAGCUACGGAGAUCCCCGUAGAGGUACCGGCAAAAUGUAUAUAAGUCAUUUUGCGUUCCAAGUGUACCACAUCUCUGAUAAUUGAGUUCCUGAUGACUUCGUGGCCUCAAAUAUUGUAUGUUGGUUGGUGCACUGAUAGUCCUUAUUUCACAGAUACAAAAGCAGUGUCUUUUUAAGCACUGGGGAUCCAUGGAUUAAUUAUAAGGUGUCUGUGUGAAAAGAAACUGGGAAAAGCAAACUUACCUUUAGCCAAAGUUUCACUUUACAGAGCAGAGCUAAAGGUGCUCUGCAAUACUAUUGGAAACUGUAAUAAGAGUCCGCAUAGCACAAAAAUAAGCUUGAAAAUUGCUUUUGUAGUGCAGUAAGAUUAACAGAAGUUCAUUUUAAGUGAACUCUUGUAGCAGGCUAAGGGAGACUUUAAUGAAACAAAGCUCCUUAAACACAUGAUAAAUAAUGUGUUGAAUUUAAAGACAAAAACAAAGCCCUGAAAGGAUAUAACAAUCUGAAGUGGUUUUUCUGUGCCAAACUCAGAGCAAUGUAUAAUCAGUGAAAGCAAGCUAGUGUUGAGUUGGUUUCACUUCUAGGCUCUCCUGCACUACUACAAGGAUGCACUGUUUAGGUUGCAGGCACUUGUGGGAAUUUUUUUGUGAAAGCCCUUGUUCCAUAAUUUAUUUAAUUCCAGUGAAAGCACUUCCAUUGAUCUUUACAAAGCCUGGAACUUGAUCCCAAAUUGUCAAGACAUGUGGCCUGACUUUUGGCCUGCACUUCGUUGUCACUUGCACCGGAGGGAAGUGAGGGCAUAACACUACUAUUCUGUUUUAGGGAGCAUUUUACACCACUUUGCUGUGGCUGCAUAUGCUGCAGAGGAAUGUGAAAUCAUUCCUGUGGUCUUGACGGAAGAAGGGUGGUCAGCACUCCGGUGGGGCUCAGUAGCACUCUUCAAGCCUUGCAACUAGCACCUAAAUGUACCAAAGAUUGGAAUUUUCUCUUCAUCAGAGUUUAGCCUGCAGAUGUGCCGUAGUGGUCCUGUCUGCAUGAGUUUCUCUGUAUCCUUGGCUUGUCCUCACCAAAUUGAGACCUUCAUCUGCGAUCUUUCUGUGCUGUCCCAUAUGUUGUGUUUUGGGAGAAUAGGGCAUGAGGAAAUGGUGUAACUUUUAAUGUUUCAAAGCAACUAAAUCCUCAGGAUCUGUUGUGGCUUUUACCUCAUAUGCAUCAUGGAAGGCUGUUCCAGAGCAGAGCAAAGAGCAUCCGAUGGGCUCAGUCCUUUCCCCACCAGAGCUCCUGGGCCUAUCCCAGAGCUUUGGAAGUUCCCACCACCUAUGCUGAAACGUGCCUAUUCCAUGUAUACACCUGUAUUCCAAUCUGUAUUAAUGAAAGUAAAUAGCAAUUGUACAGCGACAGAGAACAUGGGGUGCCAGCUUGGACUUCUUGUAUUCUAGUACCUGACCUAAUGCCACCCGUUCGGCACAGGAACAAGCCAAAGCAUUACUUGUAUGUUUGGAGAUGCACUUUUAUGAAUGUAGUUUAUAUCGCUCUUUUUUAGCUCUUUUUACAUCAUGUAAACGGUGAUGCCUCAUACUUUUUUAUUUAUAUCGUAAAAGAUCGUAUUUGGUGAUUUUUAUAUAUAUCGACUUGACUGUUACGGGGUAGGGGGGAGGAUGGGAAAUAAAUUUGACGCCUUUAUGAAUUUAAAAAAGGAAAAAAAAGCAGCUGGUUUUGCAGAGAAUUUGCUGAUGGUUUAUAACAAGUAGAGCCAAGCCAAAAUGCACUCGUUGUUUCCUCACAGCCCUCUUGAUUAGGGAAAAGGAAGAUCUGGAUUCCCAAGUCCACUGCUGUGGUGAAUAAACUUGAGGCCUACAUUUAUACCACAGUCUCCUAACAUGGCCCUGGCUGCAAAGAAGUUUGAAAUGGACAUAAAUGUAAUUACACCCCUAAAUUGAAUUACAUGUGGCCUCUUUAUCCUGGCAGAAUUGGGGGGGGGGAAAUCAGAAAAGAAAAGAAAAAAGCAGGGGGAAUAAACUCAUUUAGUGUGGAGGAGGAGUGCCAGGCUAACAAUAAGCUCUUGUGUCCACUCCAAAUGUCAUUUUGUGUUUUCAGCGGUUCCGUCCAGGGAAUAUUGCGUCUUGGGAUCCAUGGAAAGCACUGCAGAAGUGGAGACUAUUCUGUAUGGGGCGGGGGGGGGAAUCCAAUAGCUGACCAUUUUCCUGAAACAGUUGAGACUCUGAGCUGGGCAGGGGAAUGUCUGAAAUUCCCAUUAGAAAGGAGCUUGAGCGAAUGGGGGAUUCGGCUGUCCCUAAGCUUGUUAGGAAACAAACCAUUGGCAUUUUGGUGUUGGUGUGACGAUUCUGUGCAUUCCAGGUUAUUUGCUUGUUCUCCAGUAAAUCUGAUCUUUGCCUGUCGUAGUUGCUGUGGCUUGCAGCAUUUUUUUUCCCCAUAUUUUGGGGGUAGUAUUCCAAAGGGCUCAAAGAUGCUGCAAACAGUUCCCUUUGCCGUUAGUUACCAAAACGAAUUGACCCAGAGGGAAAUUGGUACCUGCUCAGGUGAUGCAUAUAAUUUCCACGUGCCAAGAGAGCCAGGAUAACUUGUGAAACUUCAGUUAAUACAUAUCCCUGCUGUAUAAGCUUUCCCUGGUAGGCAAAGGCCAGAUAUCAAGAGCCAUACAGGGUGGGGGGCUGAAUGAGUUUCCAGUGACUGGUGCUUAGGGUAAUAGCUGCUGGAUGGAAAGGUUUUUAUGUAUUUGAAUAUGUACAGUCCUGUGGCUGUCACCUUGGUACCUGCCCUUGGAGCUGGGAGCAUUCAGCUUUCAUCUUCAGUUUUCAAAGAAGAAUAGAUGUCCUCUGUGGUUUAGUGGUGUUUGGGCCUCAGGUCUUUAAACUCCAGCCUUGUUUAGGAGCAAAUCCUGCUGAGCAGCUCUGAAUUUCCCAGUUAGAAAGGUGGCUGAGCCUUCGAGGCAGUUCAGAAAUGAAGAAAAGGACCUUGUUAUCUGCAGAUACAAGACUGAUAAAAACUGUGCAGAGCAGGGAGAAAUUGCUUUAACCUGGAUUGUGCAGAAGACCUUGAACCAGUAGUCUAUAUAUACCGACCGGGGGCUUGCAGUGCAAAGCCAGGCCAAUGUAUCGUUUUAUUUACAAUAAAAUUAUCAUUUAUAUGAAA